AAACAGAAAUCAAUUCAUAUAUUAAGAGGUGAAUUAUUUUAAAUUAUACUUGUCGCAGAGAACUACAAACUUGUUUAAUAUCAUUUCAGGAAAUGGAAGAUAAAGUGACUAGUCCGGAGAAAGCUGAAGAAGCAAAAUUAAAAGCAAGGUAUCCUCAUCUGGGACAAAAGCCUGGAGGUUCAGAUUUUUUAAGGAAACGAUUGCAGAAAGGGCAAAAAUAUUUUGAUUCUGGGGAUUACAACAUGGCUAAAGCAAAAAUGAAGAACAAACAACUUCCUACUGCUGCCCCAGAUAAGACGGAGGUCACUGGUGACCACAUUCCCACCUCAGCGGGAACCAUCCCUUGUUGCUAGCAAGCUGGCUGGCUGAUUAAAGAGCUGAACUGCAUGAAUCUUCUACUUCCCAUUAUUUCUUCUUAAUAUGUCACUUCUCUGCUUUAUUUCCUUUCAAUUCACCAAGUCAUUUGAGAUUGAUAGAGGGUGUGUGUGUGUGUGUGUGUGUGUGUGGUGCUGCUGUUGUAAGGGCAUAUGUAGAGUUUUUUUAUUAGUUUAACUGCACUGAUGAAAAGGACAUGUUAGAGUAACAAAGUAAUCUACUUGAAAAUAAUUGUAUAUAUUAUCUCACUCCUAGUAAAGGACUGGUUCUCACAAGUAACAAGCAAGUUUUACAAGUUUAAUGUUUUGAUGUUCCUUAUUUCAUCUUAACUAUAGCUUUGUAUGUUCUUCUAAUUUAAUAUAACUUUAUUGAUUUAUGCUGUAAUUUUCCUUCUGGACUUGUAAAACAGAAGUUUAAGGCCACAAGUUGAGAGAAAAGUCAUGUAUGUCCAACACAAAUAGAUGGGUCUCUGAGAGAUUUGUAUCCCUUUGCUUGAACUUGAAUGGCCUUAAACCUGUUUCAGCUUUAACAAUAGAAAUGUACUUGGGCAAUAUUUGCCCAUUCUGGUAUAACUUCUGUGACUAGUGCUUAAUAGCUGCUGUUGAGACUAAUACUCUUUUUUUAGUCUGUAGCGUUAGGAUGCCUUUUGUUGUUGAUGAUGUGAAUGAAGUAUGCAUGUGCAUCGACUGUUGAAUUCACUUUUGUGCCAUUUUUGUAAAUACAGUAGUUUUGCACAACCUCUCACAAAUGUCUGUUGUUAAUUUCACAUAUUAAGUAGAUGAUGUGCCAACCAGAAGCACAAGAGUUCCUACACAAAACUCUGUAUACAGUCAUUACAGUUUUUGUAUAGUGAGAGUCGUUUACAAUCUUGGGCUUACAGAAUACCAAACUCUGAAAUCUUGACUCAGUCUGCAAUAGACGUAAACUUUUUCAUUUGUUACUAACAUCCAUGACAUCCGUGGCCUUGUGCAAAUAUGAUAUGUUGCUUAGGCAUAUCCUUUGUCCUAUGCAGAACAUUUCAUCCUGACUUUUAAGAAAAUUGUAAUUCAUAUAAUUUAUAUGAACUUUUUAAUGUAGAAACUUUUUACUUCUACAGUCAACUUUGCGGACACUAAAAUAAAAGGCUUCAAUACUCCUUUCCCCUGCAUGUGCCCUCGUGUGCCCCAACCUCCUCCCUGUAUCCUGGACAAAAAGUUGGAUAGACCAGCACUGAGUGGGGACUUAAGUCUCCACUUGGGAGGUCAACCAGGAGUCCCAUUCAGGCAACAGGUUAGGGGAUGCUCUGAUGUGCGCUUGUACAUCUCCCCACCCCACCCCCUUUUAAAAUGUUGCUUCUUUGACUCAAGUGGAGUUGAGCUGGCAGGUCUGUUUGGGAAUGUAGGUGUCUGUACUGUUGGAAAUUUGUUCUGGAGAAUGCUAUAUUUCAUAGCACAAUAAUGGGGCUCUCAUAAUUUCUCAGGUGUUAAGUAACCACUCUUAAUCCUGUAUUGUUAAUGUUUCACAAUUGUUUAAAUAAAAGGAACUAUAUUCUUUAGAAGCCUGGCCCAGAAACCUAUGUCAAGAUGAGCUGAAUUCUGGUAAAAAUUUUAGCAUAUAAUGAGUGAAGUGAAUUAGACUUGUUACCAUUUGAGUAAUUUACAUGACUGGUGGAACACAUUCAUAUUAAAAUAUUAAUUAAAUAUUCUGUUUCUAUAGAUGUCACUUGAAUGUUUUAAAUUUUACUUGUGGUUCUGGCUAUUGCAAAUUUUAACAGGCUCUAUCUAAGUUAGGAUAAAUGAACUGCUUUUCCAGCCCUCAUUAUGUGUUAAUGCUGUCCGUUGCAUGAUAAUGAGGUUCAGUGGCCUGAGGUGAUACUAUUAUUUUCUUCAUCUUUGUCUUGAUAACUCCAACAUAGCAUUAUAGAUAGUCCUUUGAGCUGAGCACCUACAUCUAAAGGCUACCUAACACCAAGCACGGCUUGCUGAUUUUUCUUCUUGCUUACCCCUCCAGAGCAGAACAACAACAAAAUCAGUGACACACUCAUUUGUAAUGUGUCGGAUGUUCUUUCUACAGAAAAGGAGCAUGUAGGUUACUUCAAAAUAUGUGUAGCUAUUAUACGAAUGAUUUUUAAAGUUACAGAAAUACCCCAAAGUAAAAUUUCUGUAGUAUCUAGACUUUUGUUUUGUUUUGUUUUGUUUUCCUGAAUUGUUUGCAAGCUAUUCCCAUGUGGAAAGAUUGAUCCAAAAGAUCAGAGGAACCGUGUUAUUCCUGACUGAAAUAAGACUCUUGCUGUGGUUGGGGCUGAAUAACCUCCUCAAAUUUUUGUUGGCAACGUACAAUGAAUGGUAAUAUUUAACCUACCUCAAAACUUGUUGAGGAUCUGUGAAAUGCCGAGUAAGUGCCCAAAGUAAAAAAUUGUUGAUUGUCUUUUUAUUGCAACUUUCUCAUAAACCAACCUGCCUUCUGUAAAGUCACAGCGCUUGUAAAACCUCAGGAUUUCUCCUUGGGAAAGUCUUGUCAUUAAGGAUUUGUAGGUGUAAUACUUUAGUCUUCAGCAUUGGUGCUUGGGGUCGAGAGAUUGUAACUUUAUUUUUGGAUCUGUCUCACAGCUCUGUUUAUUGAAGAUCUAAUUCCAGGCAAUUUCACCAUUGCUUGAAUGAAGAUUUUUGACUAGAGGAGCGUAAUUGCCCAUUUCUAUGGUUUCAGGCUUGUGGUUUGAGAAAUGGGCUGAUUUUCAUCAGUGUCCUGUUCGUUUGAAACAAAUGUAGGUCACCUGAAGUUGGAGAGUACAUCUGUGCGUGAAAACUGGCCAGGGUCUGAAAUGUGCUGUUUGUGUCACGUCCCAGUAACUCCUCAUGUGAUAAGAGUUUUCGAGAAUCAUUUUGCUUUUGAGCUACGUCAGAGUAAAACCACUGUAGUUCUGGGCAAGUUGGGAUAAUAGGGGUUGUUGGAAUCGGAAGGGGUUUGUUUGUAGUCUACAAGUUGUCUAAUCCUCGUGCUGCUGACCCCAAAAUAUGUCUGAGCUGUUCAUCACGGCCUGCUGGCCCCCUCCUACUUGUUCCGUAGCAGUCGGAACUAGUUGCUCUCCUCCUUUAAUGUAACAAAACUGAACUGUACCUCUGAGUGCUUGUUACUUUUGACUGGGUCAGAAGUGUAUUCUUAGUCCGAGUCCAGGCUUGUUAAAGUUGGGAUAGUCCUGUAUUCAGACUGCCCUGAAUUGGGUGAUCUGGAAGAGGUCACCAGUAAUGGGAAGACCACCUUUGAGGGGCAGCUAGAGCAGUUUCUGGUCACCUUUUUCUAUUCUCCAACAUUCAGACAUACUCCAUUUGUCGUUUUCCUAUAAUUUCGCCUUACCUCACCCUCUUCUACCCCUGCUUGUCUCUUAAGCCCACUGAUGGCCCUUACUAAACAGUGAUGGAUUGUCAAUCCUGAAUAUCUUUCCUAAUAGCCAAGUCAAGGGACACUUUUCAUUUACCAAAACACUCCCUAAUCUGGAUUGUGUGUGAGCAUGCAACGCCAGGAUUCUCAUAGCUCUUCUCCCAAUCCCCUUCCACAUUUGUAAAUUUGGUAUCUGAGAAAUCUCAGUCCAGGCUUGCUAGCCUAAAAGGUCAAAAACACCAAUUUUAGUCUUGUUAAACCAGAUUCAGUCUUUUAAAUAGAUAGGUUAUGGAUUUACUCUGCAAAUCACUGGUGGUCCUGAUGGCCAUUAAUGGAUGUUUGUGUUAAUGUUAUUUAUCAAGAAGCAGUUGGAAGAAAACACCUAAUUUCUCUAAUUGUGCCCUCAACUGUUACUGCAUCUCUAUCAUAUGGGAUGCAAUAGGACACUACCUGUAUUUAAAGGGCCAAGAAUAAUGCCUUUUUGUUGAACAUGUCUAUAGUUUGUAGAAAUGCUGAAAUUUGUCAAACAGCCCUUCUACAAUUAUAAUUGUGAAAGACAAAUAAAUUGAUCUACCUAA